AAAGAUAGUAAUUGGGACAAUCCUCUAGAUGCUUUUAAUUUCAAAAUGCAACCAAUGACCAUGGCAUCACUAACCCUAACCCGAUCCCAAAUCUCUUUUCCAUUAGAAGCUUGCACAAGCUCCAACAAGAACAACAACAAACGACCAUGUAUUGCUCGAUUAUACGGCAAUAAGACACAUUUCAUCAAUCUUGUUGCCAAACCUACAUUGCUACCAAACCUAAGAAAGAAGUGCUCAAUCGAUAAAUGGAAAGCGCGUGGCAGCGACGAUGGAUCAUGCGGUGUUGCUCCUGAAUUCCUCCCGAAUCCUUCGGCGGUGCACAUUGUCCAUGAAUUUUAUGAGGCUUUCAAUAAAAAAGACACCGAAACAUUGAAGCAAUUGCUUUCACCUAAUUGUGUCUACCAAGAUCUCCUUUUCUACACUGCCUAUGAAGGCCAAGAGAGCAUUAUAAGUUUUUGGGAAAGCGUAAUGAAUGCGAUGGGUCCAAAUAUUCAUGUCUUUGUGGAAGAUGUUAAGGAGAGCAACAAUGUUAUGAUGGUCACUGCAUUUAUGCACUUAGAGUGGAAAGAUAAAAAGUUACCCUUUACAAAUGGAUGCAGAUUCUUUACAUUUGAAGAAGUUGAAGGAAAAAUGUUAAUCAGCAAGAUAACAUCCGUGGAGGAAUUUCCACUAAAACCUGGUGAACUAGUGCUGAAACUUCUAAAAGGACUUGGCAAAAUUUUGGACAGCUAUCCACUAGCAGCAGCAGCAAUGCUUGAUUCUCAUGCCAAACAAGAUAAGGGAACUGACAUGCAUUUCGAUAUCUUUGGACGGAAAGAUUGACGUUGAGAUUUCUCGAUGGACAUUUCGAAAAAAAUUGCCUCAAAUAUAUAUAGUCGAAUAUAAUAACUCGAAAGUAAUGCGGCUUAAGCACAAUUUAUUCUAUGUAUGUAUAUCCAUUAAGCAUAAAUAAUUUCUAUAGCUAGCUAACA